CGCCGAUGGAAAAUCAGGACUAUGACAGCUGCCUCCGAAGCAAUGAUAUAGGCGUGAGGAUUGGGUGUUUUCAUGAUAAUCUUUUGGUUCCCUUGCAUAUCUGCUUUCAAUGCACCCCUCCUUCCCCAUGCGCGAACUGCUUAACUUCGUUUUGUCAGAAUUCCUUACAUUGACACCAAUACACGCAUAUAUUCCGCUCAACGUAGCCCUCUGCAUCGCCGCUGAAAAGCCCCUUGAUCGGACCGUACCCAUCGUCUAUUCAAGACAUCGCUAAAUCCCUCUGUGUUCCAAUCUUCUGUUUUUCAAAGGGCGAUUCAGAUUCGUGGCCCACGCGACCUCGCUCAAGCAACUAUCAUGGUGAUGUUGGAAUGGCAAUUUUCAGACUGAUCACUUAACAGGGUGAGGAAGGUUGAUUCCAUCAUGAAGGUGGAGCAAAUGGCCUUGUUGGCUGCGUCUGCUGUUUCUAUACAUGCCAUGGAUUACUCGUUCAGACUGAAUGGCGGUCUCUCCGGAACGCGUCAACUCCCUUCGGGAGUAUCCACCUCAACGUACCUUUACAAUGCCGUGAGUUCGGCCGAGGUCCUUCAGGAGUGGUACAACGCAACCACGGGCCUCUAUAGGACGGCCGGAUGGUGGCAGAGCGCCAACUGCAUCCAAGUGCUUGCCGACCUGACCGAAGUCGCCCCCUUGCUGCGCCUCCGAACCGACGGCAUCGUUUCCAACACGUUCACAAAUGCGCAGACAUUCAAUUUGAAAGAGAUUAAGUCCAAUGGAACGACGUCGUGCAUCUGGGAUACCUGCCCGGAUUCCACGCCGGGGGUCGAGCCGAAGGGGUUCCUUAACGGCUUCUACGACGACGAGGGUUGGUGGGCUCUGGCGUGGCUCAAGGUCUACGACAUCGGGAGGAAUGGGACGUAUCUGCGUACGGCACAAGAUCUCUUCGAAGACAUGCUCGCAACGGGUUACAACGCUACAUGCGGCGGCGUGUGGUGGGAUCGUGACCGGACCUACCACUCCGCCAUCGCCAACGAACUCUUCCUUUCUCUGGCUGCCCACCUGUCGAACCGCGUCCCCGCGCUCCGUUCGUAUUACCUGCAAUGGGCGCUCCGGCAGUGGGACUUCUUCCAACAGUCCGGCCUGAUCAACGCGAACAACACCAUCAACGACGGCCUCGACCCCACGACCUGCACGAACAACAAUGGCACGGUGUACACCUAUAACCAAGGGGUGAUCCUCGGCGGCCUGGUCGAGCUCGCCCGCGCCGAUCCAACGGCCACCUGCCUCUACCUCGAGGCCGCGCGAAACAUCGCAUCGGCCGCCAUCGCCGCGCUCACGGACCGCAACGGCGUACUCCACGAGCCCGGCGAGCCCGAUAUUUCCGGCGACGGUCUGCAGUUCAAGGGCAUCUUCCUCCGCAAUGUGCAGACGCUCAUCGCUGCGCUACCCAGCGACGAUUUUGCGGCGAGGGAAUACCUCCGUUUCGCCAGGGUGAACGCGGACAGCAUCUGGAAGCAUGCGCGGGAGCCGUGGAUGGGGAGGCUGGGGCCGGUGUGGAGCGGUCCGUAUAGGGAGGCGGGAGCCAGUAGCCAUAGUAGCGCGAUGGAUGCGCUCAUUGCUGCAGCGGCUCAUGCUGCGAGACUUGCAGAGGAGUAAUUGGGCCAGAGGGGAUGUCCAGGCUGUUUCCUUGGGUGUUGCGCGUGCGAAAAUGGACUGGAUCGCCAUGUGAUACGCGAGGGCGAACGGUGCUUUUUAUUAAGGAAUACGGAAAGGUAUCAAGAGGGAGCAUCUGGUGCAAAGCUGCAAACGAAACGGAUGGCAGAUCGCGACUGAUGUCAUGGUUGAUACAAGCUCCAGAGACAAAGUGGAGCAACGUGGCGCAUACCAGUUGAUUUGUAACCGGCAGGUUCGGGAGUCUAGACCAGGGACAAUUACAUAUCCCACUGCAGUACCUAAAUCCUGA